AUGCAGGAAACUUUUUUGCAGGACGAAAUUGUAAUUGAUGAUAACGGAAAAAGCAGUAAAAAUACGUUCAACCUGUCCUCUCAUCGACUGGCUGUGGUGAUCCUAUCUCAAAUGCGGACGGGAUCAUCUGUUUUGGGGGAGCUUUUUAAUCAGAACCCUUCUUUCUUCUACAUCUUUGAACCCCUGUGGCUCGUAGAAAAAAGACCAAACGUUCAUUUAAGACUUAACUUAAAUACGAGUUUUACCAAAAUGAUUUGGGCAACUUUAAAUUGUGACUUUAGUGAAUUUAGUAAGUACACAAGAUCAAGAAGUUUGUUUAGUUUCCGAUCCAACCGACACGUAAUGCAAUUUUGUAAGGAAGUCCUUCAACGUCAGCCUGGAGAGUGUGGCUUGGUACUUCAGCCGAAGAUCGUUCCCAAAUUGGCAACAUACUGUAACAGGAUACCCUACUCUGCACUGAAGACUAUACGGCUACUAAAUAUUGACUCCCUAAAACACUAUCUGAAUGACUCUACCAUCCAUCUAAAGAUAAUUCACCUGGUGAGGGAUCCACGAGCCACGUUUGCAUCCAGAAUACACCUUCAUACGCCGCGGCGUGCAAACGGAAGUGAAAUCGAAGAACUCUGCAAUUGGAUCACUCGAAAUACAUUGAACAAGAACGUGAGUUCCCAGUGGCAAGGAAGAUACACACUGGUCCGAUACGAGGACUUCGCCGAUCAUCCUGAAUUGAUAACGAAGAAGCUGUACAGGUUUUUGGGCAUGCCAAUCCAUGGUGAUGUACUUCAAUGGGUGAAGGAAAACACACAUAAAAACAAACGACACGGCCCAUACAGUACUGGCAACCAUGACGCCUACGCAAACGCUAGGAAAUGGAGGUCCCUGCUUAGUUUUCACGAGGUCUCCAGGAUACAGGAAAUCUGCAGCCAAGCAAUGGAAGUGGUUGGAUACAAAAUUGCUGAUUCUUCAGAGACGCUAAGUAACCUUCAGACGUCAUUGGUGGGAAUUAUUCCUCAAGAUGUAAUUGCAAUUCGCUUGUAAAUUGUGAUAUGCAUUUUCUCAAGGCCUAUAGGAUGCAUGGUACAACCAAGGGGUGGGGAAUAAUGAUUCAUUUAUUGAUAAAUUUAAAAAAAGGAUAAAACGAUACUCCAUCCAUGGUAUGCUGAAAUAAAAGUAACACAGGUUAAAAACAUACUAUUAUACCAAAGAUAGAUUUUAAACCGUAAAGUAUUAGAGUGUCAUUGAUGUAUACAAACACAGAAUAGGUCCAGAAGCGAUCUCAGGCUGUGAAAAAAGACGGUCCAACCCACUAGCCUCGCCAAGUCAAGGCGUAUAAUACCAUCUACAAAACUACAGCAACUACACGUAGUUGGAAAACCUCUUCGUGCCGACUCGGCCUGCGUGAACCAGCACUCAGCGACGUUGGCCCGUGGAUGUGCACCGACCUGCCCGCUAGCCGUUUCAACUUUUAUUUCACCUUGAAAAUGUACAGUAUGUAACAGUACCACUCUUCGUCUUUUUCAGUCGCUUUUCAAGAGGUCAAGGGGAGGUAGGUCAGGG